UUCAAAGGAUAGAGAAUGACACCGAACAAUCGUCGGGGUGAUUAUAAAUGUGGCACUUUGUUGUUUCAGUCCGGAUGAGAACAGCGGACGGACCAGUUUAUGGAGUUUAGCUUAGAGGAAGAAGCUUGGCGGUGAGAGUUUCUCUCGGUGCUGUUCGGGUAAAAUGGGAGGCUGCAGAGCGUUUCGGGGCUCAGCGUUGCUCUUCGUGCUGCUGGAGCUCUCUCUGGUCUGCUGUGACAUCACGGACGGAAACGCGGAGCACCUGAAGCGGGAGCACUCGUUAACGAAGCCGUACCAAGGUGUCGGCAGCAGCCCAUCCAGCCAGUGGGAUUUCUCCGGAAGCACUUUGGUGACGAGCUCGUACGUCCGCCUGACUCCAGAUGAGAGGAGCAAGCAGGGAUCCAUCUGGAACACCGUGCCUUGUUACCUGAAGGACUGGGAGAUGCACGUGCAGUUUAAAAUCCACGGCUCGGGGAAGAAGAAUCUCCAUGGUGACGGCAUCGCUCUCUGGUACACGAAGGACAGGCUGCACUCAGGGCCCGUGUUUUCCAACAGCGCCGUCUUCCACGGGCUUGCCGUCUUUAUAGAUACUUACUCUAACGAUGAUGCGACAGAUCGCUCUUUCCCGUACAUUUCGGCCAUGGUGAACAACGGCUCGGUGAGUUACGACCAUGGGAAAGACGGCCGCUCGUCUGAGCUGGGAGGCUGCUCUGCUGAGAUCAGGAACCGUGAUCACGACACGUACCUCGCCAUCCGCUACUCCAAAGGGCGACUGACGGUGAUGGUGGACGUGGACGACAAGAACGAGUGGAAGGAGUGCAUCGACAUCGGCGGAGUUCGUCUUCCCACGGGAUAUUUCUUUGGGGCUUCGGCAGCUACGGGCGACCUGUCAGAUAACCAUGACAUCAUCUCCAUGAAGCUCUACCAGCUGAUGGUGGAACACACGGCUGAAGAGGAGAACUUGGACUGGACGAAGAUCGAGCCCAGCGUCAGCCUCCUCAAAUCCCCUAAAGACAACAUCGAUGAUCCCACCGGAAACUUCCGCGGCACGCCUCUCACUGGCUGGAAGGUGUUUCUGCUGCUGCUGUGCGCCCUGCUGGGGAUCGUGGUGUGUGCCGUGGUGGGAGCUGUGGUUUUCCAGAGGAGACAGGAGAGGAACAAAAGGUUUUACUGAAGAGGAGGAGGAGGCAGAGGAGGAUGAGACUGGUGUUCUUACUGGAGAGGAAUAAACUGUUUCCUGAUGAUGGAUUGAGCACACUUAAUGUGAAUUUGUUUUCUACAGAUGGUCUGAAUGUUUGUAUCUGUGAAGCACUGCGGGGGGGAGGUGAUGAUUGCAGGGUUCGAUUUCCUUUUAUUGACAAACUUUGGGGGGGGUUUUCUUAAAGAGCGUGUUACGCCUGCUUUUUGUUGAUCAGGUGUGUUCUGCUGCAGAGAACGUGCACGUGGCUUCGAUCCAUGAAGAUGGUUUCUUAUUACAGAGGAGAGCUGGUGCUGGUUUAGUGCCGACCUGUGAGGAACAAACUCGUGUAAAGAAGUCAUCACAGCCAAUGGGAAGGCUUCAGAUUGUAGUCGGAGCCUCGGGCUGCGGUCCAACAGUUCACAGACAUCCCUCAUUUGUUUGGUUUUGCUGGACGUUAAACAUGACAAGUCUGACCGCUCCCACUCAGCCGGCUUCACAGCGAUGGUGGAUGGUGUUAACGUGGGUCUGCCGUGGAGACGAGAGGAUCAUCUUACACACAUCCACAUCACGUCUGUUAUGUUAGGGUCAGUUUCUCGUGUUACGUUCUGCCGCAGACACGAAUCAGCCUCGUCGUCGCCUCCUCUGUCUCCUCUGCCGAAGGAGGUGAUAAAGGACGCUUAGAAGCUCCUUUCCUUAGUGCUGGUGGGAUUCAGCGGCUCUGGUUGUGUCUGCAGCCUUCAGGAAGUUAGAGACGCAUGAGGGAAUAGAAAGGACUCUUUGGCCGCAGGCUGAUCGAUUUGAUUCGUCGUUGUUUUAUCCAUCCAAUCAGAAUCAUUCAGUUCAAUCCAGGAUUUCCUGAAAGUGUUUUUUUUUUUUCUAUUUCAGAGAACAACUUAGUGUGUGUGUGUGUGUGUGUGUGUCUAUGCUCUCCAUCAGCCUGUCGACGCCCCCUGGUUUACUCAAUGGCGUCUGUGAAGCUUCGUUCUGAUGGUUAGCUGACAGUUUAGUUUAACGUCAGAGGAAAUUGAUAAGCUUACCUCAGAAUAAAAUAUUUACUGCUGCGUUCACCCAUCAGGACUCUGCUCGUCGCUCGUGACAUAAACACGUCAGGCUGUACAAACUUUAAGGGGACGGCGAGCAGCUCGGAGGGAUGGUGCGGUCACUUCCUGUUUUAACUGAAGUAGACAUCGUCCUGGAAACAGACGGUAAAGUUCACAGCGAGUUGAAACAUUAGAAACAUUAAAACUGUUUGUGUGUUUGUGGAGAGCAGCUAUUGUCAGAGUUCACGUAGAGUACGGCCUUCUCUGUCUUCAGUUUGUGUGACGGGGUGUUUGAAUCAUGCUCAGAGAAUAAGUGUGAAUAAUAACUGAUCAUUUCUCAUUGUCUCCUUUUUGUUCAUUUGGGUUUUUGCUUUGCUCACGUUUUUCCGUCAUCUUUUAUUCAAAGCGUUUUUAUUGGUUUGGUUUGAUUUGGUUUUUCUGCAGAGACAGGAAACUCUCCUUUCGUCACAAAUAAUAUACUGAAAUAAAAAAAAUUAACCGUGA